AUGCCGGGACUACAGAAAAUUUUGAAUGGAGUUAUUCAAUUUCGAAAAACUGUGCGGAAGGAUUUGGUGAAACAAUUUGAGGUGAUUCGAGAUAAUCCGAACCCACGAGCCGUGUUUUUCACGUGUAUGGAUUCGAGAAUGUUGCCGGCCAGGUAAGACGGGUUUUGGCGGGGAAUUGAAGAACAUUUGGAAUUUUUUGAGCCAAAAUUCGGCAGUUUUGAUUGAUUUUGCCCAAAAUAGUAGUUUUAAUUCUAAUUUUCUUAAAAAUCUAUAAAUAAUCCAACUUUCAUUAAUUUUUUGAAAAUUUCAUUUAGCACUGAAAAUCCACGUUAUAAGUAAAAAUUAUAAAAAUCCAUGUUUUCUAAAUUCCACGUCGUAACACCUGAAAUUCAGACUAAAAAAUUUAGACUCCUGCAAAAAAUCAAUUUUUCAAAAUUUGGUCCUAUAAAAUAUUCAUUUUCAGAAUCACAUCAAGUCAAGUCGGAGACAUGUUUGUUGUGCGAAAUUCCGGAAACAUGAUUCCACACGCCAAUAAUUAUGGUCCAUCUGGAUACGAAGUUUCGGUAACUACAGAACCAGCCGCAUUGGAAUUGGCUGUGAAACGUGGCAAAAUCAAUCAUGUGAUUGUUUGUGGACAUUCGGAUUGUAAAGCAAUCAAUACAUUGUAUAAUUUACAUAAAUGUCCGAAAUCUUUCGAUCCAGAAAGUCCUAUGGAUCAUUGGUUGAGAAGGUGAGCCAUUUUUAAUGAAAAUUAAAAAAAAAUUGUCUUAAUUGCCACGUGGCAGUUAGGAUUUUCUCAAACUACAGUAGUUUCCACGUGGCUUUUUUUAUUUUUCAGAAAAACGGAAAUAAAUCUUUCAUAAAACCCUCUAAUCAUUUUCAAAUCUGAUUGUUUGCCACGUCAUAAAUCAUUUUUAUAUUGCAGACACGGUUUCAACUCGAUUCGAAAACUCGAACAACGUCUCAAGGACAAAUCAGCGGGUCCAAUUGAAUUCGUCAGCGACAAUCCGUUGUUCAGGUAAGGUUUGAAAUCAGGCUCACCUUCAGACCUAAACCCAGGCCUCGACGAAAACUUAGUUCUAAUCUAUGCAAUAUUACAGUUUCAAAGCAGUAAUCGAUCCGGAAGAUAAACUAAAUGUCGAAGACAAAUUAUCGCAAAUCAACACACUUCAACAAUUGGAAAAUGUGGCAAGUCACGGAUUUUUGAAAGAGUUUCUAGUUGCUCAAACUGUCGAUUUGCAUGCAAUGUGGUUCGAUAUUUAUACUGGAGAAAUGCACAUGUUCAGCAAACCAAAUAAAAAAUUCAUUUUGGUCGAUGAAAACACCGUUGAGGAAUUGAUUGAUGAAGUUGAUAAGCAUGAAGCCUAA